AUGAAUGGCCCGGUGGACGGCUUGUGUGACCACUCUCUAAGUGAAGAAGGAGCCUUCAUGUUCACCUCGGAGUCUGUAGGAGAGGGACACCCGGACAAGAUCUGCGACCAGAUCAGUGAUGCCGUGCUGGAUGCCCAUCUGAGGCAGGACCCCAAUGCCAAGGUGGCCUGUGAGACGGUGUGUAAGACGGGCAUGGUGCUACUCUGCGGAGAGAUCACCUCCACGGCCACAGUGGACUACCAGCGGGUGGUGAGAAGCACGAUCAGGCAUAUCGGCUACGACGACUCCGCCAAGGGCUUUGACUUCAAGACCUGCAAUGUGCUGGUAGCUCUGGAGCAGCAGUCCCCGGAUAUUGCCCAGUGUGUACAUUUGGACAGAAACGAAGAAGACGUCGGGGCCGGAGACCAGGGUCUGAUGUUCGGCUAUGCCACCGACGAGACAGAAGAGUGUAUGCCCCUCACUAUUAUCCUUGCCCACAAACUCAAUGCCCGAAUGGCGGAACUCAGACGCUCCGGGGUCCUCCCCUGGCUAAGGCCUGACUCCAAGACCCAGGUGACAGUUCAGUACAUACAGGACAACGGCGCGGUCAUCCCCGUGCGCAUCCACACCAUCGUCAUCUCCGUGCAGCACAAUGAAGACAUAACGCUGGAGGACAUGCGCCAGGCCCUGAAGGAGCAGGUGAUCGAGGCCGUGGUGCCAGCCAAAUACCUGGACGAAGACACCAUUUACCACCUGCAGCCCAGCGGGCGGUUUGUCAUCGGAGGUCCCCAGGGGGAUGCGGGCGUCACUGGCCGUAAAAUUAUCGUGGACACCUAUGGCGGUUGGGGGGCGCACGGUGGAGGGGCCUUCUCCGGAAAGGACUACACCAAGGUGGACCGCUCAGCAGCUUAUGCUGCCCGCUGGGUGGCCAAGUCCCUGGUGAAAGCGGGACUCUGCCGGAGAGUGCUCGUGCAGGUUUCCUACGCCAUCGGUGUGGCUGAGCCACUGUCCAUUUCCAUCUUCACCUAUGGAACCUCUCAGAAGACAGAGAGAGAGCUGCUAGAUGUGGUCAACAAGAAUUUUGACCUUCGGCCCGGGGUCAUCGUCAGGGACUUGGAUUUGAAGAAGCCCAUCUACCAGAGGACGGCGUGCUACGGCCAUUUUGGAAGAAACGAGUUCCCAUGGGAAAUUCCCAAGAAGCUCGUGUUUUAG